UGCCAAGUAGAAAACUGAUUAUACGUCAAGAAAUUUACAAUUCGUGGAUUGCCUCCCUUGGUUUUGGAUUAUCUUUCUUUAUUUGUUCUUCGUGAAUCAAGGAUUUGUCAGUAGCUAGUUAGUUGCAAGAUGGGUUUGAUGCAGGCAUUCACAUUCGGUUUACUGGUUUCGUCCGUCCUGGGUCAGGCUGACCCAUCAAGUAAACAGGAACCAGCCGUGGCACCGUCCCUGACGACGGCAUGCAUGAACGCACAGCAGCUUGGCCAGUGCCGGAGCGUGUUCGACAGUUCCGUUAGUGCCGCCGGCGACAACAUGGAGGAGGUCUGCAAGAGCAGACUUGACUACGCCCAAUGCACAGAUCAGGCUCUAUGUGCCUGCCAGUACCCCAGUGACAGCUUCAUGCUGUCUCAGGCCUACAAGGAGAUCAUGAGAAACUUGUACUACUUCAAGAGGGAUAACUGUGAGAGUUAUAAACUUGUCUACCCGCAAAAACCUGGGAUCACCUGCGUUGAUCGUGACACAGGCAAGGACAACAACUUUCCUGUGGUACAGAAUACAACGGGAGCCCCCGUCAUACAAGGCCUGAUCCAGAAGUGUCCGGCCCUGGAGACUUGCUUCAAGUCACGUGAUGCUGCGGCCAUCAUGUCCACCUUUAACAAAAACUUUACAGCCUUUUGUGGCACCUUCACGACCUUCUUCAAGUGUUUCGAGUCUAAAGUCUGCGAGUGCCAGCUCAAGGAGGAGCCGGCGGCUGAUGCCGUCAACAACUUCGAGAAGAAGGAAUACGUGGCCCAGUGUAAAACAUUGAGUGAGUUCAGCGCACCCAUGCUCGAGGUUAACUGUGGGGGCACGUGCAGCCUCAAACAGCCUGGCGUCCAGUGCGACAUGGAACUACAGGCAAACGUUGCCACGGCAACCAGCCCUGAGCAAGUAUGCAGGCACAUGGUGACCUACAUCAACUGCUACAGUGACCUAGUCUGCCAGUGUGGGUUCUACCAUAGGCAGGACAUCUACACCACAGUGGCCAUGUCAAGGUUCGCUUUUGACACCAAGCAGAACUGCACUCAGUACAGUGGUGUGGUGUUCCCAGCUGGGGAGAAGGGGUUUCCCUGCCCAGGUGACAAGAACGUAACGGCUGAUAAGAAAGUGAUUAAACUGACGUCAGCCACAGAGCCGUUUGCACUGACGGAGGAAGUGCAAUGUCCAGGUGUGGUCAGGUGCAUGUCCCUGUAUGACGAGAGGGCGUCAGCGGCCCUCAACAUCAAGGACCUGUACGCCCUCUGUCGUGCCGUGUCUGACGAGAUCGUGUGUCUGGAGAACAUCACGUGCGCGUGUGGAACUCUACACAGCCACUUCUCUCAGGUCCUGGCCAGCAAGCGCCAGACGCUGGACAGUGUGUGUGGCACCAGUGUUAUUCCACCCACACCGGUCAUUAACUGCUUCGACAAGCGGCUGUGUAACAACACAGCUCCGCUACAGCCGUGUGACGCGGUGCUGGGCAGGCCAGCAGGCAAUGGGGAGGACCCGCACAGGACAGCUUGUAUAAACUUACUGGAUAAAGCAGCGUGCGUGAGGCAGAUCAGCUGUGGAUGUGGAUUAACGAGGAAUGGAUCAGCCCCGUCAGCUGUGGAUACCUUCAAAGUCCUCACAGACAACGCCCUCAGCUACGACGCCUUUGGUUGUUCCGCAGUAACGGGGCCUUUUGAAAUCCAGCCCGGCUUCCCCUGCCCUGGAGAUACACCGGAAGACGCGGCCAAGAAAAAACUCGUGGUUGCCUGGCAACAAGUGCCAGUGAAGGUGCAGAAGUCCAGCGAGUGUCCAGCACUCAGGCCGUGCUAUGACCAGGAUGUCGUCAUCUAUGCUGAGUCUCUGUACACCACUGACCCCAGGCGGGUCUGCAGGAACCAAGUGAACACACUCAAAUGUGAAGAGAGGGCUUAUUGUGGCUGUGGUAAAUCUGAAACAGAAAAACAUACAAUACAGAUGAGCAUAGCAGCUCACAAUUAUAACUGCUCCAAAUACGCCGCCCAUUCUAAUUUUUCGUCUUGUGACGAAACCAGCUGGUGCCAGAAGGCCCGGACCUCGGACAUUUGUCUGGACAGGAUGUCCAAAUACGAGGACAACAGUCUGCAGUGCUUAGAGUGGGCCAAUUACCUGAACUGCGCCUAUGACGUCACAUGCACGUGCGGGCUGCUCUAUGAUCCAGCACGCGCCGAGAGAGCUUACGUCAACGUGGCCAGGACAAUGCACUUCCUGUACACGUCACCAAGGUGCACACAAGUCAUUAACGAUUUGGCUUUAAGAGUACCGAUGGCGUUCCUUACUUACGGGUUUGAAUGUUUUGAUAAAUAUACAGCCUUGCCAAUACCAAGCCCAGUUAUCCAGUCUAACCUCUCAACAAGCCCCCAAUUAAAACAGUGGUCAAGCAAAUGUCCAACUGUACUGGACUGCGCAGAUAAAUACGACAACGAUAGAGUCAACGUCCUUGGCAUGAAAGAAUAUGUCCCGCUCUGCUUCACGAGCAUGGACCUGAUCCAAUGCUCACGUCUGGCACUGUGCAGCUGUAACGCGAGCUCUGACGAGGUGAAAAGUCUGGAAGCGUUCCUGGUCUCUCUCCACGGAGACUGUACCGAGGUGGUUAAUCUGGGAUCCAAGGAUUGUGAUAGAAUUGGCGAAGGCGGUGGUGUUGUAGAUGAUCGUCUACUCAAGUCCUCGACACCUCCAUACGACACAACUGGCAAUGGCACUGUUACAAAAGGUAUAGAUUGCUGUGAUAAGCCGAGUCAAAUUGUGAAACUAUUUGUCAUAUUUCGUUUGAAUAAUAAUAAUAAUAAUAAUAAUAAUAAUGAGCGGCGACAGCACGGAUAUCCAUGUCCAUGA